AAAGUAGAGCCGAUAAAACGGAACUAGCAAGGUGUUUCUUUGUCCUUUUCGUUUGUGGCUGGUGUAAGUGUAGACAAUUUAGAACAAAGGCACAAGACCGUGCUUGGUGGGAUGUAGUCAGUUAUAUCUACCUCACUACUUUGCCGGUACUUUUUUUAAAAAUGAAGAAUGAAAAGCAGUAUUGAACUCGGAAUGCGAUAUUACAAAAAUACCUAUUAGUUUUCUUGUUCAGCGCUUUAUCGAUCUUGCCUAUUCCUCGUUUUUCAGUCUUACUCCCUGUGUACACUAGUUCCAGACUAGAUUUGAACGAGGAAGGUUUAUUUUUUCUACACAAAGGCUAUUAACUUUCUUAUUUACCAGAUCGUAGCACAUGUACUUCUGAUUGCUUCCUUUAAAGCGUGGCUAAUGUUAAGUUCUGCUGUGUAUACCUUUCCCAGCGCAGUUGAUAAAGGAGGAAAAGAAAGCCUGUCCCAUAAUGAUCUUUUCUCAUUUACUACAAGGUAACCAAAUACAAUAUUAAGGUGGAACCGUGCACGUUUUCUUACCACUUCUCCCUUUAUAACCGCUGCUAUAUCUUUGCAGGGAGGGGUAAGGCGAAGAAAAAAUCUGUUUUGUAGUUUGAAAUAUAUGUUAGAAGGUUGGCACGUGUUAAAACAAUUUGAUAGGAUCUGAUGGAUCAGAGGACUGCAUUAUGCUUUAAUGUCUGCUUUGGCAUGGUUUCUACAGUCGAUGCUCUUCCUAAUGCCAAUCACUUUACUGGGUGCUUUUUGCAUGGUAUUGCCACCAACAAAAUGACCAUGUAUCUCUCAAAAGUAAGAUCCUCGUCAGACUGAAGGCACUAAGAAGAUUGUCCAUCCAGUAUUUUUGCUGAAGAUAUUUCUUCCUCAGGUAUCAUGGUUUUAGCUUCUGCUUCAAGCCAAAGUCACAUGGGGGGCUGGCAGAUGAUGGAAGAUGGUGAACACAACUAUUCCAUAGUCUUCAAUUUCGAGAAGCUCUUUGAUGAACCCUCUUUCAUGGAGUACAUGCUCAAAAAUUGGACCAAUUGCUUUAUUUAUUCAGUCAUCUACAUAGUUCUCAUCUUUGGUGGACAGUGUUGGAUGAAAGCCAGAAACAGAUUCGACCUCCGGCCUGCUUUAGCUGUGUGGAGUGGAACAUUGGCUCUGUUCAGCAUUGCAGGUGCCAUACGUACAUUGCCGGAGCUGAUUUCAACAAUCCGAAACCGUAGCCUACAAUAUUCCAUCUGUGUACCAACAUACUUCCGUGGUGUAACUAGCUUCUGGGCAUAUAUGUUCACUGUAUCGAAGGUGUUUGAGCUGGGUGAUACACUGUUUAUAGUCCUCCGGAAGCAGCAGUUGAUAUUCCUGCACUGGUACCAUCACAUUGCCACAUUGAUCUACGUCUGGUAUAGCUACACUGACCAUACAGCCCCUGGACGAUGGUUCAUGGUUAUGAACUAUAUUGUGCAUUCUAUCAUGUAUACAUACUAUGCUUUGCGAGCAAUGCGCAUCUAUCUUCCAGUGGUGGUUAACAUGACUGUCACAUCCCUGCAGAUUUUACAAAUGGUCGUUGGUUGCCUCAUAAACUACUGGUCAUUCCAAAUCAAAACACGAGGGGAGUACUGCAACCAGAGUUACGAUAAUAUAAAAUACUCAACUCUUAUGUAUUGUAGUUAUUUCUUCCUCUUUGCUCAUUUUUUCUACAAUGCAUAUAUUAGGAAACAGAAGCUUUUGAAAAAGGUUUCUUGAAAAAAAUGAACGUCAGCUCCAUCAACACAUUUUUCUGAGCAUCUUUAAAAAAAAUAAUAAUUAGAAUAAUAAACUCAGAAAGAACACUCCUCACCAGUGUGUGUGUGUAUAUGUGUGUGUAUGCAGGUGGGGGUUGUGUGGUUGAGGUGAGGAGUGAAAAGGAUAAGUUAAAAGAAAAAAGAAGGGGAAACUAUAACAAGAAGAAAAAAUCCAGAACAAAUUGAAUUCAUGAUUUACUCAGCCAAGAAGCAAACAAGUUUAUUAACAGCAAAAUAAUAGACAUGCAAGAGAACUUUGCUAAAAUUGACGAAGAUGGAAAUAAUAAUUUUGACAUUACUUCAUCAGCUCUUACAAUGAAAUCCAUUUUUGUUUCUGUCUAUCUCUCUCUUUUUUGUUUUGUUUCUUCCACCUCAUAUUAUUUAAAAUUAUUUUAAUCAUAUGAAGAAUUAAAUUUUCUGUUACCUUUAAAUAUAUAAAAACAAAGAAAACAA